AAAAUAUACUUUCGUUUACAGUUAACUACAAACUAUCUCUAGAAAAUAAUGAAGUUUUUGUUGAAUCGUGCACCAUAACUUCUUUCAAUACAUCGAAUUCAUCCGCCUCGUACUUGUCCUGGCAAAGCGGGAUCAUAUAAACAGCCCCUUAUUCAGCAAAUUGUGCAGACUGCCUUUGAUCCCUUGGGGGUGAGGCAGCACUUUCCUUGCGAUAGUAACUUCUAGUUAAUAUACUUUUGAGAGCAAACCAUGAUGUGCAUUUUUGUGUUGUAGGUUGCCUUCAGCAAACAAGAAAUGGUCCCAAGUUAAAACAACAGUUAAACUUUAUUUAAAAAGUGUGCUACAGGUAGACAUUAACAUCAUAAAGCGAUUUUCAAUGUUGUAUAAUAAUCAGUACAAGUACAUUGGGCACAAAAGCAUGAAAAAAAUGACUGUAUUUUGUCUAGGUGCUACGGAAACUCUCUGACCCAUCAAUUUUAUGUGUUGUACUACGUCAUACUCAUGUGCUGUGUCCAUAUUAUGCCUCCUUUCCAAAACUGACAAGAGCUUUUAUCAAGGUUUGUUAAUUAUCUUGCAAUUCAUCAAAAUGUAGGGCAAUAGUCUAUUUUAAUUGAAGCAAUGCUACUAUCCAAUGCCCAUACAUUUCUCAUUUUCCAGAGGAUGGUUCGUAUGUGGUCAAGUGGUGAAGAACAUGUUAGAGUCAUGGCUUUUGUUGGCCUCACAAAGUUGUUACGAUUAAUUUCAACAACACUUGUUGACUUUGCUAUUAAGGUACUAUCUGGUAUUGGUGAGCUUCACCAAGCACUAUCUUGCAGUAGAUGGUGGUCAAGCUGCAUUUCUGAGGUUGACCACAACCUGUUGCCUGGCAACAUUUAUCAAAACCCACCAAUAGCAUAAUUUUCUCUCUUGCAGCAAUUGUACACAAAUUUUGUUAAGAACUGCAAGUUCACUUCGGUAGCUACUCUGCCACUGAUUGUCUUCAUGCAAAAUUCGCUUGUGGAAAUAUUCAGUUAUAAUCCAAAUUCAACAUAUCAGCAAGGUUUUGUAUAUAUCAGGCAGUUGGCCAUUCAUCUCAGAAAUGCCAUGGUUCAAAGGAAAAAGGUAGGGAAGCUCUGACCAUUUAAUUUGCAACUUGUAUUGUCCUGGGGUGUUGGUCGUUAGUGCAUGAUUGUAUAUUAUCAACUCUGUGUGAUAAACAAUAAUAGCUGGUCCUAAGAGGAACCCUAAGGAGAACAGUUUAGAACUGAUAGAGCUAUCCAAUUUAAGGUUAGUCUGCUAAAAUCUAAUUAGCCUGGCUCCUCACAAUUUUAGAUCAUAUUUUUUUCAGGAUUCCUUUCAAUCUGUUUACAACUGGCAGUUUAUUCACUGUCUUUGUUUAUGGAGUCGAGUUUUGAGUGAAAUACCAAACAAAGAUGUCCUACAACCACUCGUAUAUCCUUUAGUUCAAGUGACACUUGGAGUCAUCAGGCAAGUAACACUGUGUCUAGUAACAGGGACCUCAAGCAUGUAGUACGGCAACCUAAGUACAUAAGUACAGUGGAAAUCUUGCCUUGUAUUAACCAUGUAAGAAAAUACGUAUUUUACUGUUUUAAACAGAGCAUGGACAGCGUCUUAAGAUUUUGUAGGACUGUAGAUUUAUUUUGUACUAUAAUUACAUUUUGUUAACAGUCAUUGUCUUCUUGUUGCUGCCCGUUGCGGAUUACAGGACUAACAAAUCUCGUUUAUUUUAGGCUUAAUCCGACCUCAAGAUAUUACCCACUUCGUUUCCACUGCAUUCGCUCUCUCAACUUGUUGUCUCAAGCAACCGAUAUGUUUAUUCCUGUCGCGCCAUUUCUCUUGGAGGUACGGUUAUCAAAAAUACUUCAAUGAAGUCUGGUUAGCCACGACUAUGUGUCAUUAGACAUUACUUCACUUUUUUUGCACUUUUUCGGUAAUAUCUACCACCCCACAUCUUCUGAUCUCUUCAUUCUAUAAUAUCUCUGACCAGCUCUCCUUCAUCUCUUCUUAUUACGUGUCCAUACCAUCUCAACCUUGCUUCCCUCACCUUCUCUGCAAUGUCUACCACCCCACGUCUUCUUCUGAUCUCUUCAUUCCAUAAUGUCUCUGACCAGCUCUCCUUCAUCUUUUCUUAUCACGUGUCCAUAUCAUCUCUACCUUGCUUCCCUCACCUUCUCUGCAAUGUCUACCACCCCACAUCUUCUUCUGAUCUUUUCAUUCCAUGGUGUAUCUGACCAGCAAUCUUCAUCCCCUUUUAUUAUAGACGUAUUUAUAAAAGGUCUUGCUUCCCUCACCUUGUCUGAAAUUUCUCUUUUUAGAUACUGGAUGGCGCAGAGUUCAACAAACCAUCGAAGUUAUCAACGGCAAAACCGACAAGUUUUUCUUGUAUUUUAAAAGUUUCUAAACAGCAGUUACACACGAAAGCAUUUCAGGUAAGACGGGGCAGCAAAUAUGAACUGCAGAAAUGUUGAAAAUUGAACUAUUUGUGUCUCAUCUUUUUUUGUUUGCCCAAAUAAAAGACUACUAAACCUAAUAAAAAUUAACAUUAUUUCCUCACUCUGAUAACUACUGGACGGUAUAAGUUAGUCGGCGUGAAGUAAGAAGUAGAAUAAAAUAAAUCCUUCUCUUACUUUGUUAUUAUAGGACUCUGUAGUCGAUGAAGUCGUUGAACUUUUAUUGGAGCAUUUCUCAACGCAUGCACAUUCCAUCGGCUUUCCAGAACUUGCUUUUCCGUGUGUAGUGAAGGUAAGUGAAGAUUGGUAUACUACAAUGAAUUUGACGUAUCUGAUCUGGAGAGGGUUUUUUUAGUAAACUUUAAAACAUUUUCCAGAUGAAACAUUUUGUGAAAACAUCUAAAGUACCAAGACUGGGCAAGCAAAUAAAACAACUGAUAGAAAAGCUGAAUGAAACUUCGCAAGAAGUGACUAAGCGACGCUCCACUGUGUCGUUCAGUCCCAAGGAUGUUCAGGAAGUGGUAAGUCUAUUAAAACUUUUAAGCAAGCGUCGCAGAGUUCAACCCCAGAAAUUUACAGAUUGAGGGGGACUCAACUGCCUGAAAAAUACAAGUAAAAAUUUCGACCUUGUAUUUUUCAGGUCGAAUCCAUCUUUGCAGCUUUGUGGUGUUAUUAUCACUACUACGCUGUCAAAGACCACUCUGAAGCGCGCCAUAAAAGGGUUUGGAAAGGACUUUGGAAAGUCUACGACCACUCAGGCAAACCUAAGUAUGUACAUUCUAUUUUUUUAAAUAAAUUUUAUGAUUUUCUUGUAGGAAAAAUGGGAGGCAGAAUAUCGCAAAAAGCCAAACGCAAUCGUGCAGUUUUACAACCGUUGGAAGAGUAUGAAAGUUAGUCUACCACAGCAAGUAUGUCAAGACAAAUUUUAACGCGUUUGUAGGAUCAGAAUUUCUAACUAAAGAUAAGUUAACAUUUUGUCUUUAUUUCGACAGGAUGAAAAACCGCACGAGAACAAGGACAGCGAAUCAGACAACGAGGAGAUGAAGUCGCCAAAAAAGCGCUCGAAAACGGGCACGAAAACGAGCAAGAAAAAACGCCAUGACGUCGAAGCAAAACACAAACAUUCCAUGAAAGCUGAACAAGCUGACCGUGAGGAAACUGAGGCGAAUGACGUGGAUGACAUUGUGGAAGACUUUCAGUUUUCAGACUUGGAUGAAUGACACAGCUCUUUGUCGAGGCCCGUUUAAACAUUCUGACAAACUAGGGUUGUUAGGACCGUGACUGUCUCGUACCCACGCGCAGGACGACACGCGCGGGAGAACCACGAAGUCUCGAAUAUUACGAACUCGCCUCCCACGUGUUGUGAGCAAUUACCAUGAUUUAAUCUUACCGUGUUCUUCAUGACUCAAUUUCCCUCAUCUCGUCUUCCAAAAAGUCUAAAAACAUUUCCAAAUUGCUCGAUUUGGCGCUUCCUAAAUAUAGAAGAAUAAAUUAUUGUUACUCAAAUAACCUAAUCGACUGUCGGCCAAUUCGUUCACGUAUAUAAUUUGAAUGCUUGGUUAUCGUUUUCCAUUCUAUGCUCAAGUCCGGAUCAAACAAGCAUGAGAGUUGGCAGUCACGUGAUCUUGGUUAGCUGUUCUUAAUGCUUUCCCAAUACUAUCAUGUAUUCUAUUAAGUUAAAACAUAGUUGGAACACUCAUCAAACCUGUUAUAUGUUAUCAAUCUAGAGCUUGAAAUGUCCCCUGCAACAAUGCGUGACUCUCAUCCUCAUGACUUAAGCAUAGAAUGGAACAAAAAGCUGAUAAAGUCUGUUUUUAGUCGGAUAAAUUGCAAUAUAAAAUAAGAACUGAAGUGGAAGUAGGUCGGAGGAAGUAAAAACAUACCAGUUAGUUUUUCAUUCAACCAUUGAACAGUUUUAAAAGCUCCUCCAUUGCUACCCUUGCUGUAGAAGUCAACCGCUAGAAAGUUUGCCCACUUUCCAAACUUCCUAUAACACGUUGUAAGUUUGCGUUUUAGAUGAUCAAAAUCAUUUAAACAUGGUGACAAACCAUUUGGAAUUGUUGUGAACCAAUUGACCAAGAGUAAUCGUCUUUCACCCAAGUGAUUCUUGGA